GGAGAAUAAGCCCUUGAAAAAGGAGCAAGGGUUUAAAAGGCUGCCCUUCCGUCUUGUGUAACCAUGGGUUGGAGGAGAAGCGCGCUCAUCCCCUUGGGUGUGGAUUAAAGGUUAUUUAAGGGUGCUCUGGAGGCCUGAUGGGUUUCUCUUAGCUGGCUGGUGAGGCGCCCGGAAGAGCAUGGUGAAGCACCAACCCCUCCAAUACUACGAGCCACAAUUGUGUUUAUCAUGUCUGACGGGGAUUUACGGUUGCCGCUGGAAACGGUACCAGCGGUCACAUGAUGACACCACCAAGUGGGAGCGCCUGUGGUUCUUAAUCCUCACAUUCUCUUUCUUCUUGACCUUGAUCUGGUUUUAUUUCUGGUGGGAAGUUCACAAUGACUACAACGAAAUUAACUGGUUUUUAUAUAAUAAAAUGGGAUACUGGAGUGACUGGACGGUUCCAAUCCUCGUUACAACGGCUGCUGGCUUCAUGUAUAUCACAGCUUUGUUGAUAUUAGCUCUGUGUCACAUAGCAGUUGGGCAGCAGAUGAACCUCCACUGGAUCCACAAAAUUGGGUUGGUCACUAGCUUGAUAUCAACAAUUGUGACCAUGUGUUCUAUAGCCCAGUUGUGGGAUGAUGAAUGGGACAUGGUGGUGAUAUCCUUGCACGCAACGGCCCCCUUCCUCCAUAUAGGAGCCCUGGUGGCCGUCACGGCUCUCUCUUGGUUGGUGUCUGGGCAGUUUGCAAGAGCGGAAAAAGCUGCUUCUCAGAUACUGACGUUUGGGGCCUACCUGGCCGUCGUCUUUGUGCUUUACCUCAUCCCGCUCACCGUCUAUUCCCCCUGCAUCAUGGACAAGAAGGAUUUGGGGCCCAAACCUGCCAUUAUCGGUCACCGCGGAGCACCUAGGCUGGCACCAGAAAACACUCUGAUGUCCUUCCAGAAGGCAGUGGAGCAGGGAGUCUACGGUGUCCAGGCAGAUGUUGUGAUAAGUUACGACGGUGUGCCUUUUCUGAUGCAUGACAAGAACCUGCGGAGAACGACCAACGUGGAGGAAAAGUUUCCGGAGCUGGCCUACGAGCAUUCUUCCAUGUUCAACUGGACAGACUUGGAGAGACUGAACGCUGGCGAAUGGUUCCUCAAGAAUGACCCCUUUUGGACGGCAGAGUCCCUCUCCAGCUCUGAUUUCGUGGAAGCCGCCAACCAGUCCAUCUGCAAACUGGCGGAUAUGCUGGAGAUCAUCAGAGGCAACACCACCGUUCUUCUGAACCUCCAGGAUUUGCCUACGGAUCACCCCUACUACGGAGUAUCCAUCAACAUCACCCUGGAGACAGUCCUCGAAUCCGGCAUCCCUCAGGAGGCUGUCAUGUGGCUGCCCGACUCCCAGCGGCAUUGGGUUCAAAAAAUCGCCCCCGGCUUCCAGCAGACCUCCAGCGUCAAAGGAGAUGCUCGCCAGCUGAGGGACGGAGGCUUCCGGAAACUCAACCUGCGGUACACAAAGGUCAACGGCGACGAUAUAAGGGAAUACACAGCAGCCAACUUGAGUGUUAACCUCUACGUGGUGAACGAACCGUGGCUUUACUCCAUCCUGUGGUGCAGCGGAGCCCAGUCGGUCACCUCGGACAAUGUGAACGUCCUCAACAGCAUGUCUUCCCCCUCCUGGCUGAUGACUCCAGAUGAAUACUAUCUGAUUUGGAUAAUGGCUGAUCUCAUUUCCUUUAUCAUCAUUGCCGUGGUUUUUAUAUUCCAGAACUAUCACAUAAUCAGGUGGCGGCUGGGGAACAUCCGGAGCUACAAUCCGGAGCAGAUUAUGCUCAGCGCGGCCGUCCGCAGGUCCAGUCGGGACGUCAACAUCAUGAAAGAGAAGCUGAUAUUUUCAGAAAUCAACAGCGGCGCCGAGAUGACGGACGAACUUUCUCUAUGCUCCGAGAACGGCUACGCCAACGAGGUCGUGACGCCCCUGGACCACCGAGAAGUCAAGAUUCGAAUGGACUGAAGGGGCGUCCAGGGGGGUUGGAUGGCUAGGUGGUGGGUUCUGCAAGCUGGAACCGGUGGUCUCCGUGGCCCGAUGGCUCACCACCUUUGGAUGCAAUGGUUCUUUUGUGAGUUUCAGGGAACUGACCUCCUUCGACCCACCUAAUUAAUGCAAUGGACUCCGUGAAGGGAGGCCUGGUGUCUCUCAAGAAACUAAAGCUGGACUGGGUUUCUUUAACUUUGUUUUUCUUUGUAAAUAUGUGUCCCCCUUUUUUGACCCUCUUUUUCUCCCGUUGUGAGGGGGCCGGCGGGCCGGGGCGGGGGGGGCAAUGGGCAUGUUUGCGAGGAAACAAAACUGGCAAAAUGCUCCCCGUUUUGGCUGGGCCAUCCCUUUAGACACUGUGACACACGCCGACGCAGGAUCCCCCUCUCCUGGUUGUUUUCGCUCUUCCUUUCCUCGGUCCAGCGAUUGUUAGCUGAACUUAUUUAAAUAUGGAUGUUGUGAAGUUCUC